UCUCCAAGCUAAGUUUUUAGCUAACCCUAACUCAAAGCACCUACAACUAGCUAUAAGUCUUUUUCAAGUGAAGAGCAAAGUACCCCCAAGAUUCACUUGUUCAUAUACAAAUUAAAGAAGAAGAAGUGGAAUCAUAGUAUGAUGAUGAAGAAUUUUGGAGCUAAGAAUUUUUGGUGGGUGACACCCAAAACCCCACUUUCCCUCUUCUUUAUGAUGAAGACUAUGAGUACCUUGAUUCAAUAAACAAGACCCCCUCUUUCCUCAAAAAAAGCCAGAAAGCAAGAAAGAGAAUAAUUAAAAAGAAAAAUAAGACCAAUAAACCCAAAGUCUACUCUCUUCCUUUUUUAAGCUUCCUCCUCCCACUAUCUAUCUUUACAAAUCAUUACAAACCCUUCCCCUUAGCUUUGCUUCUUCUUCCAUUUUUCUUGGCUUCCAAAUUUCCCUCUCAAGAAAAGUAGUAGAAUUGAAGUUAAAGAACAUAUGGAUUCAGUAAAUCAUUCACUCCCACCUCCUUUCCAUACUAGAGAUUUCAAUUUACAUCAAUUCCAUCAAACCUCAGAAGAUGAACAAAGUGGAACUAGUGGCCUAAACAUGUCUGGCCAAAAGAGAGAGCGCGAUGACGACAACAACAACAACAACGAAAAUUCAAAUGGUGGGGAAUCGAAAGACGGAUUAGGUAUUACAGGAAAUUCCGGAGAUGGAGAGAUCAAUAGAAGACCUAGAGGAAGACCAGCUGGAUCCAAGAACAAACCAAAGCCACCAAUUAUCAUCACUAGAGAUAGUGCCAAUGCUCUUAGAACUCAUGUUAUGGAAAUUGCUGAUGGUUGUGAUAUUAUGGAGAGUAUUUCAAAUUUUGCAAGGAGAAGACAAAGAGGUGUUUGUAUUAUGAGUGGAACUGGUAUUGUUACUAAUGUUAAUUUAAGACAACCAGCUUCACCUGGUGCAAUUGUGACAUUACAUGGUCGUUUUGAGAUUUUAAGUUUAGCUGGAUCAUUUUUACCACCACCAGCACCUCCAGCAGCUUCUGGAUUGACUAUAUAUUUAGCUGGCGGACAAGGUCAAGUUGUUGGUGGUAGUGUGGUUGGUGCACUUAUGGCAUCUGGACCAGUUGUGAUUAUGGCCGCGUCGUUUAGCAAUGCAGCUUAUGAAAGGCUUCCCUUAGAAGAAGAUGAUCAAAAUCCUCUUCCAGUUCCAGGAGGAGGGACACUAGGAUCUCCUCCUGGAAAUAUCGGAGGACCAGGACAACAUCAACAGCAGCAACAACAACAACAACAACAACAAUUGAUGGCGGACCCAUCUCUAUUUCAUGGAAUGCCACCUAAUCUUCUCAACUCCAUUCAGUUACCUUCUGAACCCUAUUGGGCAACCGGCAGACCUCCAUUCUAACUAGUUGGCUCUUUCAAGAGUAUCUGAUAAAAUUGAAACGAUACAGAGAAGAUUAACAUAGCCCUACAGAAGGAUGACAUUCGCCAUUCUAACUUGCUGAAAUUCAUAGAAGGGGUAAUUUUCUCUUGAUUUUAUUUACUUGUUUAAUUAGCUUAAACUCUUGGUGUCUCUUUCUCUUCUUUCUCAUCAUCAAGAACACUAUAGCAACGAGAUUUAGGAAAAGGGUUUUCGAGUUGCUGACUAUCUGAGGGUUUUUUUUUCAUAAUUCUUUUCCUAAUUUCAAUUACAUCACAUGAUGAAUUUGAGUUUAGUUGCAUUUUCAGCUAGGUUUUUUGGAUUGUGAGUUUGAUUAUGAUAUGAGAUGAUGUGGCUGUAAUUUUAUAAAAUGAAGUUAACUUUGCAAACUCAUAUUGUUUCCUUUCUGAAA